AUGCUACAGUUGCCUCCACGACCAACUCCGGUCCCACUAGCUGCAGCGUACCCAAAUGUCGCACCAGCAUCCCCAUACUAUCCCACCCAGUACCCCAACCAGCAGCCGUAUUCGGACCUGACAAAAUGGACAUCAUAUACGAACCUGACCCAAUCCGUUUCUAAUCUCGUGUCACAUACAACGGGCAAAGCUAAUGCGACUAUCUUGGAUCUUGAAGACCUCGUGUUGAAAAGCGUCGGCGGCGGCUCGAAUGUGCGCGAGGCUACCUCACAGCUUCUAGAUCAAGUAAUUACCCUGAUUGAUAUUGGAUCGUUCUGCGGGAAGGAGACUGAGCUUCUCGCUGCCUGUGCGCUUCCAUUCCAGUCGGAUGAACGAAAAAAAUAUCGCCCGCCAGGGCGGAAAAAGCCUUCAGGGUCACUCGAUUAUUUCUCCAAGGUGUACAUGUAUGCCAAUUCACGGAUGCCACCAAAUCUACCCCCGUUGAAAUUCUAUCCUGCGACAUAUCCCCUCCUUCGGCUCGCCGCUCAGUACUCUCGACGUGUCUAUGACAAGCCAAACGGGCGCGAACGGCAUUCAUACGUGAGCUCUGACUGGCGUCAAGGAACGAAGGCGAUGGUGAUAAAAUCACUCCCCAUUGACGAUAUGAACACAAUUGUUUUUGCCAUCCGUGGCAGCCAAAGCUUCCUGGACUGGGCCGUAAAUGUCAAGACAGCCCCAGUCUCACCCGCUGGUUUCCUCGAUGACCCAUCCAAUCUCUGCCAUGCCGGCUUUCUAUCCGUGGCUAGAAAAAUGGUAGCACCAGUCGCCGCACGUCUUCGAACUCUUAUUGAAGAGGACCCAAGUCGAAUGUCUUACACGCUCUUGAUAACAGGCCACUCUGCCGGCGGCGCAGUCGCCAGUUUACUUUACUUGCAUUUAUUAUCCAAAUCAUCGAAAGUUACAUCGGAACUCACUCAUCUACGUGGGUGCUUUAAAAAUAUCCACUGCGUCACGUUCGGUGCUCCGCCUCUCUCACUUCGUCCACUGGUUCCACCUUCCCCCUCAAAACGAUCAAGGUCAAUAUUCUUUGCGUUCGUCAAUGAGGGCGACCCUGUUACUCGCGCGGACAAGGAGUUUUUCUUUUCUCUCUUGGAUCUCUAUGCCUCGCCUGCCCCGGGGUCUGCGUGGUCGGUUCUCGAUCCCAGGAACAAGUCAAAGCCGGCCCUGUACUGGCGCGUUCCUCCAUCCACCCUUUCCAACGCUGGUCGGCUUGUUAUUUUACGUGCUCGUGGUCAGAUGAAUGGCCGGUCAGCUGUAGUACAGCAGCCUGUUCCGGGCGCUCCUCCCCCGCUACCUCCUCGCGAGGAGGUAGAAGCGUGUGGAACGACAGACGCUGAAAUGCGUGGCAUCGUCUUUGGUGACCCCCUUAUGCAUUUGAUGGACUUGUAUUCUCGACGCAUUGAGACUUUGGCUAGGGGGUCUGUGAAACACAGAUAA